CAGACAGUAACGUAUUCUUCUUCAAACAAGGCGUGUCUGGGAGUAUUUAGACACCUGUACCCUGAAGGACGAUCAGAACACUCAACAUGACAACCCCGAAAGCCCUCGCCGUGCCGGUUGAGGAGCAGUUCAAGUGCUGCAUCUGUCUGGACAUCUUCACCGACCCGACCUCCAUCCCCUGCGGUCACAACUUUUGCCUGGACUGCAUCGAGGGCUUCUGGGAUACGAAGAUAGAGUGUGAGUGUCCGCUGUGCAAAGAGACAUUCAGUCCACGCCCACAACUCAGGAUUAACCUUGGAUAUGCUGAAAUCAUUGACCUCUUUAAAGGGUCUCCAGGGGAGAAUGUUAGUUUGCCAGGAAGCAGGAAGAAUUCCAUCGUCCAACAUUUGGAGGCGGACGGAGUUCCCUGUGACAUCUGCUGCGGAGACAAAUCCCCAUCGGUCCAGUCGUGUCUGACGUGCAUGGCAUCUUACUGUGAACUUCACCUCGCGCCACACCGGAGGGAUCCGGCGCUGCAGAGGCACCAGCUGACGGAUCCGACCGCUUUCAUCGUCCGUCACCACUGCAGAAAACACAAGAAGCCGCUGACGAUGUUCUGCGUGAGUGAGCAGAAGCCUGUUUGUGUGAAGUGCACAGAAAGGGAACACAAACACCACAACAUCGUUCCCAUCGAGAAGGAGAAGAAGAGGGUCAAGACUUCUUUGAGGGACACUAAGACAAGCCUUAAAAAGAUGAUCCAUGCCAGACGCAUAAAAAUGGAGCAGAUCAAAAAUUCUCUGGAUCUAAGCAAACAAACCACAGAGAGGGAGAUAGAGGGCAGUGAUCGGGUCUGCGGCUUGCUGAUAACCUCCAUCAAGAGGAACCAGGCCAGGCUCGUGGAGGAGCUGGAGGAGAACCAACAAGAAGCUGAGAUGAGAGCCCAGGAGCUGUCUGAGGAGCUGCUGCAGGAGAUCCAUGAGCUGCAGGCGAGAGGCAUCGAGCUGAAGCAGCUGGAGCAAGAACAGAGCCCCGUUCACCUCCUGCAGAGUUUCCUGUCUCUAAGUCGACUCCCAUCCACUAGAGACUGGUCUGAGGUCGCAGUCCACUCUGAUAACUGCAUUGGGACGGUGACGAGAGCCUUUUCCAAGCUUGUCGAUAUCUGCCAGGAUUUAUCGAACAAACUGUCUGCAGAUGAAGCAGACAAGCUGAAUCAAUAUGCAGCCAAUGUCACUCUGGACCCUGAGACUGCUUCAGGCUGGCUCGUCCUGUCUCCAGACAGAAAGAAGGUGACCGUCAGCAGCCAGAAGACAAGUUUACUCCCAGACAAUCCUCAGCGGUUUGACUCCUGCGUCUGCGUUUUGGGGAAACAAAGCUUUGCAUCUGGAAGACGCUAUUGGGUGAUUCAGGUUGGAGACAAAGCCGACUGGGAUCUGGGCGUGUCCCGGGAGUCCAUCAACAGGAAGGGGACCAUCACGGUGCGUCCGGAUAACGGUUACUGGGCGAUCUGUCGCCGGCAAGGCGGCAGUCUCAGCGCCUGUGCCGGCCCCUCCGUCACUCUCCACCUCCUGGAAACACCCCAGAAAGUGGGCGUGUUCCUGGACUACGAGGAAGGAUCGGUGUCCUUCUACGACGCCGAGGCCAAGACCCACAUUUACACCUUCAGCGGGUGUGACUUCAACGAGCCCCUGUACCCGUACUUCAACCCCUGUGUUCUAGAUGAUGGGAAGAACACCGCCCCGCUGAUCAUCUGUCCUCUUGAGGAAGGAGUCAGGCAAGGACAGGACAUAACCAUUGAGUCAGCUAUGUGAUGUGUCAUAACAAGGAUGUGUUCAUAUUUCAGUUUAAAUAACGUAUUCACUAUUAUAUGGAUUGUACUGGACUAGUAUCUAACCAACACUGGAAUAACACAAGUUCAAUGUCAUGAGUUGCUUUUGUUUUUAAUGAAACAUGCUGCACACGCUUUCACUGCCAGAAAUAGGGAUGCAAUGUUUACACUAUUUCUGAUAAUAUGAAUUGUUUUCCUUUCUCAGUUUUACACUGUUCUAUCAUUCAAAUGAUACCAGACUCAUGUGUAUAUAAAUGUAAAUAUAUGUAUAUAAAAAUGCAUACAAUGUUGCAUAAACUUCGACACUUUACUAGUCUAAAUGGGCAAUGUAUCAUUUGAGAUACAAAUUGUUUAUCUGCAAAUAAAAGCUAUAUUUUGAUAAAUUAAA